AUGAAGAACGUUUUGUUGUUAGGUUCGGGUUUCGUUGCUCAACCAGUCGUCGAUGUGUUGUCCGCUACUGAAGGUAUUUCUGUCACUGUCGCAUGCAGAACUUUGCAAAAGGCGGAGGCAUUGGCUCAAGCUUCUGGAUCUAAAGCCAUUUCAUUGGAUGUUUCUGAUGCAAAGCAACUAGAUGCCGCAUUGGCUCAACACGAUGUGGUUAUUUCCUUGAUUCCAUACACGUACCAUCCAGACGUGGUAAAGUCUGCGAUUAGAUUGAAGAAGGAUGUAGUUACCUCUUCUUACAUUUCUGACGCAUUGAGAGAGCUAGAGCCUGAGAUCAAGGCAGCUGGUAUUACUGUUAUGAAUGAGAUCGGUUUGGAUCCUGGUAUUGAUCAUUUGUACGCAGUAAAGACUAUUGAUGAGGUGCACAAGGCAGGUGGUAAGAUCAAGUCUUUCCUAUCCUACUGUGGUGGUUUGCCAGCCCCAGAGGACUCUGACAAUCCAUUGGGUUACAAGUUCUCUUGGUCUUCAAGAGGUGUGCUUUUGGCAUUGAGAAACAGUGCUAAGUACUGGAAGGAUGGUAAGAUUGAGACUGUUUCUUCUGAGGACUUGAUGGCCUCUGCUAAGCCAUACUUCAUCUACCCAGGUUACGCUUUCGUUUGCUACCCUAACAGAGAUUCUACUUUGUUCAAGGAAUUGUACCAUAUUCCAGAAGCUGAGACUGUGAUUAGAGGUACUCUCAGAUACCAAGGUUUCCCAGAAUUCGUCAAGGCCUUGGUCGACAUGGGAAUGUUAAAGGAUGAUCCAAACGAGUUAUUCUCCUCCCCAAUUGCAUGGAAUAAGGCUCUAUCCAGCUAUCUAGGAGCUGCUUCUUCGUCCAAGGAAGAUAUAAUCAAGGCAAUUGACUCCAAGACCCAAUGGAAAUCCGAUGAAGACAGAUCAAGAAUUCUCUCCGGUCUAGCUUGGUUGGGUUUGUUCUCUGAUAAGGAGAUCACUCCAAGAGGCAAUGUUUUGGACACUCUAUGUGCUACCUUGGAGGAACUAAUGCAGUACGAGGAAGGUGAAAGAGACAUGGUUGUUUUGCAACACAAGUUUGGUAUCGAAUGGGCUGAUGGAACUACAGAAACUAGAACCGCUACCCUUGUAGACUACGGUAAAGUUGGUGGAUACUCCUCCAUGGCAGCUACAGUCGGAUACCCAGUUGCUAUUGCCACAAAGAGAGUAUUGGACGGUUCCCUAAAGGGUCCAGGUUUGGUUGCCCCAUACUCUCCAGAAAUCAAUGACCCUAUCAUGAAAGAGCUAAAGGAAAAGUACAACAUCUACUUGAAGGAGAAAACUAUUGAUUGA